AUGACUGGUAUUGGGAGGUCUAUUCGAGCCAAGAAGUUGACUCCUAUAUACAUUAGUCCAUUUGAAAUUCUAGAGAGAAUUGGGCUUAUGGCGUAUUGUAUUACAUUACCCCCAUAUUUAUCGGGUGUACAUGACGUGUUUUAUGUCUCACAACUCAAGAAGUACCAACCUAAUCCAUCUCACAUUAUUGAACCAGAAGAAGUGGAGCUAUGGGAGAAUUUGACUUAUCGGACUGAGCCGGAAAGAAUAGCUGAUGUGAAAGAUAAACAGUUUAGAAAUAAAACUAUCUGCUUAGUAAAAGUAAUAUGGAAGGGAAUGACUCCCGGUGAUGCCACUUAG